AUGAGCGGCUUCCAGGAUUCCGACAUGUACCGCUCGCGUAAGCGGUACUCGCACGAGGGCGACUUUGAGAGCGAAAAACGGUACCGCCGCGACUUUGAUGGACCGCACGACCGUGACGACCGCUUCCGCGGCCGCCGCGACGACCCGCCGCGCCGCCGCGACGAGUUCCGCGGCGGAGGCGGGCGGCGCUUUGGGCCGCGCAUGUCGCCCCCGCCGCCGGGAACGAAGCGCCUGACGGAGCGCGUGCGUGCGCGUACGCUGUGGGACAUUAUCCCCAAGGGCUUUGAAGAGACGGAUCCCAUCUCGGCCAAGGCGACCGGCUUCUUUGGCGCGCCUGUCAACUCGAGUGUCGCCGCGAUCACCGCUGAAGGGCUCGACGAGACGGUGCCGCCGAGCGUGCUGCAGUCGCGCAUGGACCCGCUCCUUGCCGCAGCGCUGUACAAUGCCAAAAAGCACCAAAAGCUGCGCCGCCUCGACGUGUCGGGCAUCACCACCGACAUGUCCGACGCGACGCUGCGCGACUUUUUCAACCAGACCAUGACGGAAAAGAAGAUUGUCGCGAGUCUCGGCACGGAGCCGUGCCUGCGGGCAGAGGUGUACCCCGAGCGCAACUAUGCGAUGGUCGAGUUCCGGCACCCGGACGACGCGACAAACGCCAUGUUCCUCGAAGGCACCGAGUUCCAGCGCAGCGCGCUGCACCUCGAGCGUCCGGACGACUACAGCGGCACGGACACGUCCUAUGCGACGAUCCGUUCGCUGCACACGACCGUGCCCGACGGCCCCAACAAGCUGUACGUCGGCAGCAUUCCCACGUUCCUCAAUGCCGACCAGGUCACGGAGCUGCUCAAGGCCUUUGGCGAGCUGCGCCACUUUGAUCUGCUGCUCGACCGUGCGGGCAACUCGCGCGGAAUCGCCUUUUGCGAGUUCUUUGACGAGACGAUGACGCACAUUGCCUGCGAGGGUCUCAAUGGCCUGCUGGUCGGCGAGCAACGCCUGGUCGUGAAGCGCGCCAUGCCCGAGCAGGACGAGGAGGAGGACGUGCAAGAGACGUCCGAGACGCCGACCAAGGCCAUGACGAUGCUCAACAUGGUCGCGCCCGAAGAGCUCGAAGACGACCAAGAGUACCAAGACAUUCUGGAGGACGUACGCGAGGAGUGCGUCAAGUACGGCACGAUUACCGACGUCCGCAUUCCCCGGCCGUACUCGACGAUGCAGAGCGAGGCGUCGCGCUCGUGGAAGGAGCGCCUCGACGCCAACCCCGGCGCGGGCGCCGCCAAGGAGCGCCGGGGCGUCGGCCGUGUCUAUGUGCAGUACGCGACCGAGGCGCAGUGCACCGCGGCGCUGCAGGCCAUUGCAGGCCGCCAGUUUGGCGGGCGCAUGGUCAUUUGUGCCUACAUUCGGGACGAGGCGUGGCCGGACGAAGAGGACGGCGCGAACCCCAACGACCAGCAGCUGGAUAAGUAG